AUGCCUACUUCAACUUGUGUUAGUUGGAAUACGCCUAUGCGGCAAAUACUAUGCUGUCUUCAUCGUUUCUUCGACCUUACUAAGGACGAUAUGGUCACUCUUCUCUCAGAAAUAUUCGGUGACCAUCUGGAGCACAAUCUAACAAAGGCCGCCAUGUGCACCCAAUGGUCAUGGAUGAGAGCGAGUAUUCACGGGGUGUGGUGGCACGUCUGCAUUGAAGAGGACUUUGAAAAAGACGGGAUAUGGGCAGCCCACAUUGAGGUCAUCCGCAAAUCAGCACAACGACUGGCUAUUGAAGCUACCGAAAGGAAACGUGAUAAUAUGUCCUAUCCCCCAGCCACGGAUCAAGUAGGCACUCCCAAAUUCGCGGAAGAAUUCCUAGAAUCUGUGCUUUGGGUUAGUGGCCUUCCAGGCCUUUUCGAGAUCAUGCCUUUGGAACCCCACGGCAGCUCCUCGGGCACCCAGUCACCUACUUCGAGCCAUGAUAUGGCAUCUCCGUCUACUUCGGCCUUACAUCUACCUGUCAAAUACCGAUCCGAAUCUCUUGUUACAGGUCAUCAAAAAGUGUGUCUCUGGUGCUCUAUCGAGGGUCAUUUACAUGACUGGCAAGAGGACACCACUGAUACCACCGAUCAGCUUGUUCCCACAGACGACUCUAUGCUUGUUGAUGAAAAUAACCCAGGAGGGGCUCCCAGACCCGCCGAUCAAGUGAUUCUACAGUCGAUUGAGUCCAACGACGAGAUGAUCGUUGAAGAAGAUGGCUUUGGAUCACCACAGGAUCCUUGCUUAUCUACAAGCCUAGCCUCUUUACCCAUCGUUGAUGAAGAAGACCAUGGACAUGCUGCUGAUAUCGAGAUAGCUACCCGCGAUGGCUUGGAAACCCAUGUUGAACCCUUGGCCCCGGUUGCUUCCUUGCCUAGAAAGAUACUACCAAGGGUUCUUUUUAGGUGGUCAAACGCUAAGUCCCAAGGGACAAACUUAAAGAACGAACUGCGCGCCGGGAUGUUCAUGCAGCUUGAGCCAUUCAGCCAUACAGCUAUCUCUGAAGAAAGUUUUUUAGAGCAUUUCAAGACCCACGUUUCGAAAGUGAAGAAGGCGACCCCCUUCAUCUCGUUUUCUCGGCACUUGCUCGUGCCUAUCCAUCGGUGUCUUCGAAAGGGGAAAGCCGCCAAAUUUUCAAUUAUUGAUACUUCUAAACUCGACACCUUGGUUUUCGAGGCGCAUGACCUUGUUGAUAUUACGGGUACCAGGACAGCACGUUGGUCUGGCCGGGGCGAAUAUCUGGUAUGGGGUUGUGUGCCGAAACAAGCUAUUGCGUGCACGAUUCAGUUGGCUCGUCUCGAAAAGAUCGCGAGGGGGCAUGACGAUAUCAGUGACUUUCUCCAACUCGACACUAUCCGCGGUACAAAGCGCUGUGAUGAACGCCUGUAUAGCAAGCUUGCCGAGGGACAGGUUGCCAAGAACCACAGUACCACCGUUGACAGACUCAUGAUGCUUCUCGAUAUGCCUCGUGAGAUCAGAGACGAAGUGAAGUCUCUGAUCAUCGAGCAGUGGGCAAAAUGGCGUUGGAAACACUCCGAGAAGCACGAAAUAAACCGUACAUAUGACUUUGUGCCAUUCAAUCAGGUUGAUAUCAGCUCUUCUGAUGGGGAAGUUGUUGAUCAUAUUAUGCCGGAAUCAUCCACACAGCAGAGUCAUAAAUCUCCCUCUUACUGCCCGUCAAGGACUGAUUUGACCAGUUCUGAAAGCAGCGAGGAAGAAGAUGGAGGAGGAGGAGAAGUUGAUGAUGAAAUGGCCUCACGGGAGGGUUCCAAUCGACGACGCGAUACACCCAGCGAAGGAUACUCGGUCCACGACUCGAGUAACGAUGAACUUGAUGUGUUACCCAGUGAAUGGGAGAGCCUUCUUUCUUCCGAGUCGCUGGAGGCACUCGAGAGAAUCAGACUGAGGAAUGAAGUGAUGCAUCAACAACAGGGGGAGAAGGAUGGUAUGGUCAGAAAUGUAAUGCAUGGGAGGGGCUGCUAA